AUGCGCAUCCGCAAAGAAAGACACAUGGAAUUGGUCCUCCUGCCAAAUGUUCUUUCCGAGCUAGACACUACCUGCAGCUGGAGCGUGCAUCACAGGCGUCAUCAGCAGUUUAAUCGCAUCGCGGGGGGCCAGUUCGCAGAGAGGCCCCGGCUGCAAGCAGUCGCGGGCCCCAGCAAAAGAAAGAGGGUCCCAGAUCACGGUGUUCAAUUCAGAGCUCCAGGCCAGGUGAGGGGGUUGGACGACAGGGCCGAGGGUGUGACGGGAUUAGGGUGA